AUGUUGCAUUCCUGCGUGAUACUUCCGGCGCUAAUUUGCACAGUCCGUUUGAUAUUCAACUGCGCCACGUGUGCGCCGGAUAUUGGCCAGCCGUCGGACUUGAAUCGGCAUAUAGAAAAUUCGUUUAUUCCAAUCACGAUGGACGAAAUGUAUAAUGCUGUUGGUCAUGAGAUAUCAAUGAGCCUGACGCAGCUAUACAGACACACUCGCGUCACAGUGUUCGCGAGCCACAAUACGAUGGUUGCCACGGUUGUUUGCGCAGAGAGUACCGCGCCUCGCCACCGGGGAUACAAGUUCUCCAUGAUUUGGUCUCGGGAGAGGAGGUCGCCCCCGCAGAUCUUGAAGGAGCUUAAGUCCAAACUGCGAGCGUACAUUAAUCAAGGGGAGAUUCAGAUGGUGGAUCACGGUAACUGUUAA